AUGAGCCUUAUUCGCCACUCCAUGCGUGCUCUAAAGACCGUAAACACUACGGCCGCUAUUCGUCCCGCUAUCGCUCGGUUCUCCACCGACGGCAAAGUGUAUGGUGUCCCUGAGCAAAACACGCCCACUGAAGACCCUCAGGUUGUGAUUCCGGAAGUCCAUCAGACGCUGGAGUGGUGUCUAUCGUCACCCCCUCCUCUUCACCAGUUCGAUGAAGCCCCUCUGGUCAUUGAGACGUACGGUGACGUGGACCCGUACCACUAG